AUGCCAAACCGAGCUAAGCAAGCAAAAGCAAAGGCUAAAACAAGAGUAAAAGGCUCCCUUGGGCGGUCAAUACUGAAGAGUUCCAUAAAUUCAAGAACUACCCGUUUGAUCUCUCUCUCUCUCUCUCUCUCUAGUCCCCACCAUGGAUUCAUUUGCAUGGGCGACGGUCUCUCAGACCGCAGGGCUAGGCGGCGGCGUCUCCGACGGGAGAGGCGGGGGUCUCUUGCCGCCGAUGCCCGGGUUCCAGCUCCCACCGCCGGCCGGUCUCGAGCACUUCUCGGUGGACUCCGGCCUCGUCGAGCGGGCGGUGCGCUCCUCGUCCUGCUUCGGCGCUGGAAAUGGAACAGCACCCACUGCAAGCGCCUCGAACAUCACCUUGGAGGGGGCGUCGGGUCGCCGGAGCAAGGUCGCCGGCGGGAGCAGCAGUGUCAAUGGCGUCCACGGCGAGGUCGCGACCGGAGACUGCUCCUCCGGUGGACCGGAGCCGGAGAAGAGAUCAAGCGAGGACGUUCUAGGGACGGAUCAAGCGAACGCGUCCACGGGUUCUGCAAACGAGGGCUCGGGCAGCAAGGGCGUCAACGGCGAAAAGAAUGGCCUGGCCGCAGCGACGGCGGCGGCCGGCAAGAGGAAACGGAAGGGAUCGAAGGAGCCUGACGAGGAAGGCGAAGGGUACAUCCAUGUCAGGGCCCGGAAGGGGCAGGCAACCAACAGGCACAGCCUCGCAGAGAGGUUGAGAAGGGAGAAGAUCAGCGAGAGGAUGAAGCUUCUGCAAGACCUUGUUCCUGGUUGCAGCAAAGUCACCGGGAAGGCGGUAAUGCUGGAUGAGAUCAUCAACUACGUCCAGUCCCUGCAAAGGCAGGUCGAGUUCCUAUCGAUGAAGCUUGCGGCUGUCAAUCCACAGCUCGGCCUCAACAUAGAAGGGCUUCUUUCAAAAGAUCUUAUCCGCUACCCCAGUGCUCCUUCAUCUGCUCCAAUCGGAUUCUCAGUGGCGCAGUCAGGCAUGGUCCAGGAAGGCGUUCAUAGCGUGGCCAGUUCAAAUGGGUUCAGAACAGUCAUGCAGGACCAACUGAACGAGAGAGACUCGUUCAGGGAGCAUGUUUCUCAGUCUCUGGAGCAGAUGCCUCGCGCUUUCGAUGGAUGGUUCCACAAUGCAGGGCAAACAGCGUACAGGGCAGUCAUCGAUCCUGAACAUCUGAGCAUCAGGCCUGAUCAGGAUGGGUUUCAUCUGUGAUGUUCAUCUCCAGCUCCAUGGAUGACCAAAGUUUCUUCUCAUCUGCAGACGUCUAGAGAGAGAGGCACAGAACUAGCAUGUGCACUGGAGUAACUGCAUAGUGCAGGAGCAGGACUGCGGGACUAAGUUUGAAUGCUCCAGGAAAGUUUAGGCAUUGCUACCACUGCUCCAGGGUUGUACAUGGGGUGUCGUUUGUGUUCAGAGCUGAAAGUUCAGACACCGAAAGUAGGGAUCUGUAGCUAAGAAUUUAUGAUGUUGGAAACCCUGUCUGGGUGGAGCAUGGAGUCUGGAGUGACUAUUCCUGAAGAUAAAAUACUCACAAAAAUAGGCAGAAUUGCUGCAGAGUGCAUUUUAGUUGCAAGGAAUUGUUUGUAUUGUUAACAGCGCAAGUUUGAAAACAGCAGUCGAAACAUAUGUUCAAAUUGAACACUUACUUUUACUCGCUCCUU